CGCCCGGCACUGGACAUGAAACUGCUCUUCCAGGCAGCCAAUUUACUUCCCAUCUUGUCGAGCAGCGGUUGCAGAUCGAUCUUGCGCGGCUUGCGAGUAGAUAGUGGCAUGCCCAGAUAGCGGCAGGGAAGGGCCGCCUGCUGAACACUCAGCGGUUGAAGGAUAUCCGCAACAUCAAUGCCUUCACACCGGAUAGGAUACGCCGCACACUUGGAGAAGUUUAUCACCAAUCCCGACACCUCCCCAAAUAUCUUGAGGAUGUCGCGGACCACCAACAUUUCCUCCUUGACAGGCUUCAAAAAUACAGCCGCAUCGUCCGCAUAGAGGGAAGUGCGAAUGAAGGUGCUGCGCCCUGGGAGCCUCGAGAGAGCACCAGCCUCAGUAGCAAGGGAGAAGAGCCGCUGAAGGGGUUCCGUCGCCAAAAUGAAGAGGUGGGAGACCAGCGGACCUGGGCAGCCAUUCAGGAGGACACGAGAGGAGGAAGUGGAGAGAGUUUUGUUCCAUACGGCACGGUAUGAUUUCUGGUAUUCUACUACCGGAUGAAUUACUGUUUUUUUAGGGGUAAAACACUGGAUGAAUUACUGGUGAAUUUCACGUCUGUGUCGCCGUCACUCCUCGGGCCUCACGCAGCUGGGUAGCCUGACUUGAGAGUUGAGACCCAGGGGCCAGGGCAGGCGCAGUGCAACUUCGCAGCAACCAACGGCCCAAUGCACGUCCUGCCCCUGGCUGGCCGCCGUGUGUGUGUUCCUUCUUCCCCUCCUGGAAUCCGCAGCAGACACCUAACCUGAGAUUCCAACGACCUUUUGGCUCCUCCUCCACUCGCUGCUUUUCCCGUCUCUUUCUCCACCACCACCGCACCACGCCUUUAGCUUUGGUUCUCCCCCCCACCUCCGCACCCACUUAACUCCUAAGCAAACCCUCCUCCCCCGCGGCUAUAAAUUGCGCCCCUCGUCCAAGCCCCAAUUCCCUUUUCUUCCUCCCCCUUCCCCCCUCCCCAGAGACUCGACUCGAUCGAUUGCUGGAUUGCAGGACAGCGCCACUCUGCUGCUGCUGUUGCUGUUGACCUCACCACCACUGCCCGGCUCCAACUUUCAAGUUUGAACCCUGCCUUGUCAUUCAUAGCCACCUACACCUUUAGUUCCCUGUGCCUUGGAGAUUCUGUCUCGUCUCUGAGUACCUCAUCAUACAACCUGCAGCAGCUAUAUAGUCUUUUCCAGGCAAAACUCUGCCGGAAUUCUUGACGAGAAACGUUGCUGUUCAGGCCGUCACUCUGCCGAAAUUUCCAGCCAGAAAAUCUCCUUGUUCAGGGCGUCACUCUGCCGAAAUUUCCAGUCGUACAAACUUACUUUCCAGGGUGAUACUCUGCUCAAAAAAAAUUUCACCAAGAAUUGUUUGCUUUGUGAGGGAGAAACUCUGUCCGAUUUCCCAGUAGAAAACCUUGUCUUUUGAGGGGAAACUCUGCCGAAAUUUUGCCAUAAACCAGCUGAUCUCCAACUCCGUACAUGCUCAUGUUUUUCUAUCCUCCGUGUUUAUGAUAACAUCCACCGUCCUCGUCCAGUCCUUCUCCGUCGUCUUCCUCUACUGGUUCUACGUCUUCUCAUAAUCAACCUGCAAACUCCAAUUAACCUGCGGCCGACUGUUAUUACUGUUGUUAUAAGAUUGAUCGGUUAGUUUAAGAAACAAGUAAAAUCAAGUGGUAAAGCUAGAGCUUUGUGUACGUUGUACUGUAAGAAGAGAUAGAAAUGGCUUCUCCCGGCAUCACGACGUCAUCGGCCGGGUCAGUAGGGGCGGCGACACCGGCGGUGGCGCUGACGGAGGAGAGGAAGCGGAAGCGCAAGGAGUCGAACCGGCUGUCGGCGCAGCGGUCGCGCGCGCGCAAGCAGAGGCAGGUGGACGACCUGGAGGCGCAGGUGGCCGCGAUGCGCGCACGGAACUGCGCCAUGGCCGCGGCCGCGAACGAGGCCGAGCGCCUGUGCGCGGCAGUCCAGGCCGAGAACGCGCUCCUCAGCGCCCGGGCGCUGGAGCUCUCGGCGCGGCUCGAGUCCCUCACCGACCUCAUCCAGUGCAUGGACGCCGUCAUGUACUCCAACAACAACACCAACAACAACAGCUACUACUACUAGAUCGUGCUAUAUGCCAUGGCAUCAUGUUAAUUAGUACCUCAUAUAAGCUCUCUAUGGCUAGCCGGCCGUUUAUGUUGAUGUGUAUCUAUGCCUGCUUGUGUUUUCUUAGCUAGCUAGUCUGUGUUAUUGGUGGGCAAAGGGCCAAGGAGGAGUUGUGCGUCGUGUGACUUUAUAGUGUGACAUGGACGUGAACAACAAUAUAUGUGUGGUUAACUUGGAUGCCCUUGUGGAACAAA